AUUCUCUUCGACCACUUUCACUACAUUGUUCUUCGCUUUUAGAGGCAUCGAGAACAUAAUCUCGAUCGGUCUCUCCUCCUCUUUGCACAACCGUUAGGGUUUUGAUCGGUUUCUUUGUCUGGCGUCUUCGAUCUGCACGACCACUGCCGAUGGAGGAGCGCCGUUGUCUCGACGCCGAUGAAGCGCCCGGGAACGGAGGGUGUGCGACGGCAGGAGAAGAGGUGGAAGGGGAGCCGCAGGGGCGAUGUCUCGACCUCACGAGCUUUCAGCUCCAUGACCUGCGUGAGGUCGAGAUCCCGGAUGACCUCGUCGAGUUGGAUCUCACCGCCAACAGGCUUUCCGAGUUGGACCCGCGCAUCCGUCUCCUCCCGCAGCUGCGGAAGCUCUCGCUUCGGCAGAACCUUUUCGACGACAAGGGCGUCGAGCCCAUCUCCCAGUGGAAAGCCAUCGCCGGCUUGCUUGAGCUGGUACUCCGGGAUAACAAGCUGAGAAAUAUACCUGAUGUUAGCAUUUUCAAAAGCCUCCUUCUCUUUGAUGUCUCUUUCAAUGAGAUAUCUUCCUUGCAUGGCUUGUCCAAGGUCUCCGACACACUCAAAGAGCUUUAUGUUUCAAAGAAUGAAGUCAACAAGAUCGAGGAACUUGAACACUUGCAUUCGUUGCAGAUCCUUGAACUCGGUUCAAAUAGAUUAAGGGUUCUGGAGAACUUGCAAACGUUGACAAACUUACAGGAGCUGUGGCUUGGACGAAACCGUAUUCGGAUGGUCAACUUGUGUGGGCUGAAAUGUAUCAGAAAAAUAAGUUUACAGAGCAACCGUUUGACAUCCAUGAUGGGGUUUCAGGGAUGCAUCGCACUAGAGGAAUUGUAUCUGAGUCAUAAUGGUAUCCAAAAGAUGGAAGGGUUGUCCACCUUAGAAAACCUACGUGUACUGGACAUUUCAUCCAAUAAACUUACCAUGAUUAGUGAUAUUGACAAACUGACAAGAUUAGAAGACCUGUGGCUUAAUGACAACCAAAUAGCUUCGCUAGAAGGCAUUGAUGUAGCUGUAUGUGGUUCAAGGGAACGGCUUACAACCAUUUAUCUCGAGCGCAAUCCAUGUGCUAGCUCGCCAGAUUAUUCUACUACUUUGAGGCAGAUAUUUCCAAACAUUCAGCAGAUUGAUUCAGAUAUUUUUAUGUGAGGGAUUGGAUGAUCAUGCAUGUUACUGAAUAUGAUCAGUAAUCACGUGAUAAAUGGAUUUUGGAAUCACAUUUCAUGGUACAAGCUACUCGAUCUUCACCUACUUAAAUUGUCCUUGUAACCUUACUGGUUAUUAAUCAUCCAUUUGGUGAUUUCAUCCUCA